ACUGUAUAAUCGAUUAUCGCGAUCCAUUACUAUUGUAUACUCGAGAACCCCAAUAUCUCUCCUGGCGCUAUCGCGAUCCAUCGUCCGUCUCUACCGUCCUGAGCUUCCAUAGCUCGUAUACGCGAUCAUGGCGGCUGAUGAAGCGCCAAACCUGAACCUCUCCCCUGAGGAGAAGCGCACCUAUGGACAGCUCUUCCGACAGGCCGAUUCAGACAGUGUUGGUGUCGUUGUCGGUGAAAUUGCUGUUAGGUUCUUCCACAAGACAGGUUUAGACUCCCGUAUCCUUGGUGAGAUCUGGCAGAUCGCCGAUAAGGAGAACCGAGGUUUCCUAACACCAGCUGGCUUUGGUAUCGCUUUACGACUCAUUGGACACGCACAAGCCGGCCGCGAACCCACACCCGAGAUCGCCCUCCAACAAGCUCCCCUCCCUCGAUUCGAUGGCAUCGUUCCUCAAGUUACGGGUGCUGGUGGCAUCCCACCACCUCCGCCUGUUCCCGUCAGCUCGCCGCCUCCCCCAGCCGCUCUCCAAGCCCAGAGCACUGGCGGACCGAUCCGUAUCCCACCCCUGACUCCUGAGAAGGUCGCACAAUAUACUGGUUUAUUCGAACGUCAACCUCUCCAAGGCGGUCAACUUCCCGGCGAUCAGGCCAAGUCUAUCUUCGAGAAGUCCGGCCUACCCAAUGAAGCACUUGGAAGAAUAUGGCAGCUUGCCGACACUGAGCAGCGUGGUGCUCUUGUUCUGACCGAGUUCAUUAUCGCCAUGCACCUUCUCACCUCCAUGAAGACCGGAGCUCUACGAUCUCUCCCUAGCGUCCUCCCCGCUGGUCUUUACGAGGCUGCCUCGCGCCGUGGUCCUGCCUCGCGUCAAUCUUCGACUGGUCCUGGCAUCUCAGCCAUUCCUCGACAAGUUAGCGGAACAGCCCAGGUUCGCACAAACAGCCCUCUCGGUCGUCCUCCUAUGUCUCCUCAACAGAGUGGUGCUAACGACUGGGCCGUGACACCUGCCGACAAGGCUCGAUUCGAUCAGAUUUACGCCGACCUUGAUAAGGGCAACAAGGGUUAUAUCACAGGAGAGGAAGCGGUCACUUUCUUCAGCCAGUCUAACCUUCCUGAAGACUCCUUAGCCCAAAUCUGGGAUCUUGCCGACACAAAGUCUCAGGGUCAGCUUUCGCGAGACGAGUUUGCGGUUGCUAUGUAUUUGAUAAGACAGCAGAGAAGUGGUCGUUCUGUCCCUCUACCUACCACUCUACCACCCAAUCUGGUUCCUCCCAGCAUGCGCACUCAGGCUCGACCACAGACUGCUACAUCCGCUUUUGAUCCGCCUCCCCCACUUGUAGUUCAAGCUCCUCCCCCCGCUCCUAAGUCCGCUCUGGAUGACUUGUUCGGCCUCGAAUCAGGCACUUCCAGCCCAGCCCCCCCUCCCCCUGCUCAGGCUCCAAUGUCAACAGGGGGCUCCAAUGCCAACGAUCCUUUCGCCGGCGGCUCUGCACUCACGCCUACUUCUCCCGUUAAGCCAUCCCUUACAGGAACCGGUGGUUCAAGCUUUAAGCCAUUUGUACCAUCAUCCUCAUUUGGUAGAGGCUUGACACAACAACCUACUGGUGGUUCAGCUGGUUCUGGCCAGAAGCUUCCGGCACCUUCUGCAUCCGAGGACUUGUUGUCAGAUAACGAUGAGGCUAGCAAGAACAUCUCAGGGGAAACCACUGAGCUUGCAAACCUUUCUAACCAGAUCUCAUCUCUGUCCAAGCAAACCCAAGAUGUCCAGGCUAAGAGGACUACCACUCAAAAUGAACUGAAUCAGGCCACGUCUCAGAAGCAGAACUUCGAGCAGCGGCUGGCUCAACUGCGCACCCUUUAUGAGAAGGAGGCGCAAGAUACUCGUGCCCUUGAGGAGCAGCUCAGCAAUGCACGGAAGGAGACUGCCAAGCUUCAGUCUGAAUGCAUGGCGCUUGAGGGGACUUACCAUGAUACUCAGACGCAGCACCAGCAAGUACUGGCAGCUCUUCAGGCGGACCAACAAGAGAAUGCCAACCUCCGAGAACGGAUUCGUGUAGUCAAUGGAGAGAUCGCGCAGCUCAAGCCUCAAAUUGAAAAGCUCAAGUCUGAUGCUCGCCAACAGAAGGGACUGGUCGCCAUCAACAAGAAGCAGCUAUCUACUACAGAAGGCGAGCGUGAUAAGCUGAAGGGAGAGGCGGAGGAGCUCACCAAGAGCAUUGAGGAUCUUCGCGCUAACAACCCCUUCUUCCGCCGCACUGCAAGCACUGAUAUUAUGGGUGCAUUUGCUUCUCCUCCUCCCACUAAGAAUGUCUCUGAUAAGUCUUUCGAUGACCUCUUUGGUCCCUCAUUCCCACCCAGCGUUUCGGCCACUCCUCCACCACCUCCACAGACCUCGUUCAAGCCCCAGCAUACCGGUGCCUCCACUGCUAGUGCUGGUUCAUACAGCACCCCCCCUGCCGCGAGCUCUCCUAUUAUGAGCCGUCAAGCAACUCUUGCUGCUGACCCCCCUGCUCCCCCGGAGUCAAGGCAGAUCAGUUCCAGUUUCUUGCCUUUCCCUGACCAGACUGAGUCUCUCUCAUCCUCUCGCCAAGUAUCACCCCCUGCUUCGCGUGCUGAUGACCCUCUCCACGGUUCAGCUACCCCUGUUCCCGGUGACCUGAAAGCUUCUGACAGCCCUGCUGGCGUUCCUGGUGCUUUCCCUGGCGACGAGCUUGACAAGUCUGAAGUCAAGGAUGCAACCUCUGCCCCUAAUGAUACCAGCCGUGAUGCUGCUAAGGACGAAGCACCAAAAUCAACCGACUCUGCAGAUCCAUUUGGCGGUAAUGAUGAGGCCAAGGCUAAGGCCGACUUCGAGAACGCAUUUGCAGCCUUCACCACUGCUAAGAACCAUAGCAAGCCGUCCCCUGAAGCGAACAAGUCAUCUGCAUUUGAUUCGGAGUUCCCUCCUAUUUCAGAACUUGAGCGUGAUGAGGAGGAGGAGUCUGACUCAAGUAGUGACAACGGAGGCUUUGAUGAUAACUUCACCCCUGCCUCACCACCCACCAAGACAUUUGGUGAGAAGCCAAACGCGGGAGAGUCGCCUGAAGCUACUCACGCAGCCCCCGUCAGCACUUCACCACAGCCAGCCCAGGGGGCCACUUCUCCCCAAGAACCCAAGGCUCCUAGGUAAGUGAUCGAUCCCAUUUCGCUUCUGAAAGCAAGAUUUAACAUAAACCAGCACCGAGCAGCCUUCGUCUCCCGCAACCGUGACUGAAGCCACUGCUCAAAAAUCAUCUGUCGAUG